CCCACCCCCACCUCCUCCCAAUUGGAUUUGCAUCGUGAAUGCUGCCAUGAAUUCAGCAGAGCAAACCGUUACAUGGCUUAUUACUCUGGGGGUCCUGGAAUCGCCGAAAAAGACCAUCUCGGAUCCAGAAGGAUUUUUGCAAUCGUCUCUGAAAGAUGGUGUGGUCCUGUGCAGACUGCUGGACCGAUUGCGCCCUGGUUCUAUCGAUAAAAUUUACCAGGAAGCGAGGAACGAUAGCGAGUGUCUGAGCAACAUCAGGGAGUUUCUCAAAGGCUGUGGUUCUUUUCGAGUGGAGACAUUUGAUGCCAAUGACCUUUACCAGGGUCAGAACUUCAGCAAAGUCUUGAAUUCUCUGGUUGCGCUAAAUAAAGUAACAGCAGACAUCGGUGUGGGAAGUGACUCUGUAUGUGCUCGUCACUCCUCCUCCCACCGGAUCAAGUCCUUCGAUUCCCUGGGUUCCCAGUCCUCCCUCAGCAGAUCCUCCAAGCUUCUGCAGAACCAGUAUCGGAGCUUGGACAUGACGGACAACAGCAACCACCAAGUGGUGGUGAAAGCACGCUUCAACUUCCAGCAGACCAAUGAGGAUGAGCUUUCCUUCACUAAAGGAGAUCUCAUCCAUGUCACCAGGGUGGAGGAGGGAGGCUGGUGGGAGGGCACCUUCAAUGGAAAAACAGGCUGGUUUCCCAGCAACUAUGUCCGGGAAAUCAAAGGCAACGAAAAGCCGGUUUCUCCAAAAUCCGGAACGCUGAAAAGCCCUCCAAAAGGCUUCGAUACCUCUGCGAUUAGCAAGACGUAUUACAAUUUGGUGCUGCAGAACAUUCUAGAAACGGAAACAGAGUAUGCGAAGGAGCUCCAGAAUCUUCUAUCAAAUUACCUGCGCUCCUUACAGAGCACGGAGAAGAUAAGCUCUUCAGACAUCACUCACAUUCUGGGAAACCUGGAAGAAAUCAGCACUUUCCAGCAAAUGCUUGUCCAGACUCUGGAGGAAUGCACAAAAUUGCCGGAGGCCCAGCAGAGGGUGGGUGGUUUUUUUCUGAAUCUCAUGCCCCAGAUGAAGAACCUCUACGUUGCCUAUUGUGCCAAUCACCCUUCAGCUGUCCAUGUCCUCACAGAGCACAGCGAAGAGCUGGGAGAGUUCAUGGAGCUGAAAGGUGCCAGCAGUCCGGGGAUCCUGGUGCUGACAACGGGCCUCAGCAAGCCCUUCAUGAGACUGGACAAGUACCCCACGCUGCUGAGGGAGCUGGAGCGACACAUGGAGGAUUAUCACCCGGACCGACCUGAGAUUCAGAAAUGCAUGACAGCCUUUAAAAAUCUUUCUGCACAGUGUCAGGAGGUGCGCAAGAGGAAGGAGCUGGAGCUGCAGAUCCUGACAGAGUCGAUUCGGAGCUGGGAGGGAGAAGACAUUAAGACCCUGGGCUCUGUCAUCUACAUGUCCCACGUCAUGAUCCAGUGUACCGGAAGUGAGGAAAAAAACGAGCGAUACCUCCUGCUGUUUCCACAUGUAUUAUUGAUGCUGUCUGCCAGCCCCAGAAUGAGUGGCUUCAUUUAUCAGGGUAAACUGCCGCUAACAGGAAUGACAAUCUCCAAACUAGAAGAUAGUGAAACUCAGAAAAACGCUUUUGAAAUUUCUGGGAAUAUGAUAGAACGUAUACUGGUGUCCUGCAACAACCAGCAGGAUCUGCAGGACUGGGUGGACCACCUGCAGAAACAAACUAAAGUCACCACCAUGGGCACCCCUACUAUCAAACCACAGUCCGUGCCCUGCCACACACUUCCUUCUCACCCGGUCACCCCAUCCGGCAGACAUUCCGAGAACAGGCCAGUGACAGUGGCGCCGGCCUACCACACUCUCCCGCACCCCUCCUCCCACGGGACCCCCCAUAGUACAAUGAUGUGGGGUCCCCUGGAGCCCCCUAAGACCCAAAAACCAUGGAGCCUGAGCUGCCUGCGACCAGCACCUCCACUCCGGCCCUCUGCAGCUCUCGGCUACAAGGAGGAUCUCAGUAAAAGCCCUAAAACCAUGAAGAAGCUGCUUCCCAAACGCAAGCCAGAGAGGAAACCAUCCGACGAGGAGUUUGCCUUGAGGAAAAGUACGGCAGCAUUAGAGGAAGACGCACAAAUUCUCAAAGUCAUAGAGGCUUACUGCACUAGUGCCAAAACCCGACAGACACUCAAUUCAACAUGGCAAGGCACUGACCUGAUGCAUAAUCACGUCUUGGCUGACGAUGACCAGUCCAGUCUAGAAUCGCUGGGUCGUCGCAGUAGUCUGUCCCGCCUGGAGCCCUCCGACCUCUCAGAAGACUCAGACUAUGACAGUAUAUGGACAGCCCAUAGUUACAGAAUGGGUUCUACAACUCGUAAGAGCUGCUGCUCAUAUAUCUCUCAUCAGAACUAAAGCACUCCUUUUUUUUCCUCCUUUUUGUUACUUAACAACUGCCUGUUGCGUUGACUGUUUACUGUUUCUGUGCCCUUUCCUUUCUGCAGUCGGGUGUUCCCUCUCCCCUGCUUUUGAUGCUCUUUCAUUUUUGCCCCGUUCUGCUGGGGAUGGUGGGGAGUGAGGGUGGGGGGAAAUUGGAAUGGGGGCAUUCUGACUGAAAUUCAGGCGUGCUGUAGAAGAGACGUCUCUAGAUUUUGCCGUGUGUAAGUAUAGUGUGUCCUGAAGUGAAUUUUACCAGUGUAUAUGCACACACUGUCCCCCUGUAUGUGUGGCACGCUUAACGGACUACAACUCAUUGGUUCAAAAAAAGAUACUAGUGUAGAUCACUAUGAUAUACAGGAUAUAUUAAAACUGGCCUUUGUAAUAAGUAGGUUUUAAACAGAUUUGAACAAAACAAAAUAUUUUGUCUCGUUUGCCUAAAUGAAUGAUAUUCCAGUCCAUUUUUAACCAUAAAACUGCUUUAUUAAUUUGUAAUACAUGAAUUUACAGAACUUCAGGAAAUGUUUCGUCACUGUCUGGCAAAUGUCUGUCAAUGUUAGAUCCCAGGUACAUUUAUGUACGACUUGUAGUGCAGUAAUAUUGCAUUCCAUUUAUGAGUUUGUACUGAAUACCCAAGAUGACACAUUUGUGGCAUCCUAGCACGUGUUCCUUCUCUUUGCACUGUUUGUGUCCUUGUUUUCUCUCACUUCAGUAUUUAUUUCCAAUAGUGGUGUAAUUAGAGGGCCUUGUUAAGAGUCACAACCUCCUGUACAAAGGACAGGUAUUAUUCUGUCCUUGUAUCGUCAACACAUGCAAUACACUGCACAUAAAACAAUUUUGGGAUUAAGAAAUCACAGUUUAAUUGCACAUCACUUGACGUGUUGAGGUUACUAUCAUUUUUUAGCUGUGUUGUUAUUCUUAAAGUUUUAAGUCUCAAAUAAUCUGCCACUACACAAUUGUCAUUCCCUUAAUUUACAGAAGCACUCUUAAAACAUCCGCAGUUUAUGUGAGGGCUUUUGCUUCUCUAGUAAAUGGUAUCUUGUCUUGGUUGUCACAGUUGAACACUUACGAAGCUCAUACACACACUUGUGAAAGACAGCUCAUAAUUCAGUAUUUAAUCUUCUUCAGCAUUAAUAACAGAAGAAUGUAAAACGUAAAUUUAGUUGCGAAGAAGUAUCUGUUUCCUCUUCCAAAAAGCCCACAUCUUCUUAAACGUUUUCUGUGGAAAAAUACUUUGGUACCAUUCCUUAUGGUAUGCUGGCAUUUGGAGGAAGACAGUACAGAAUGAAACACUGUGAUGAGAGAAAUCUGUGUUUUAGAACCACAGUGUGAACGCUGCAGUUAGUGCUGAAAGAAUAGAGUCUACAAACUUUUACAAUGAGCUUGUGCUCUACCAAUAGGUUUCUUGCAAUACAGAUAUUGUUGUCAUAGUGACAUGGGUCCUAUCAUCUGAAUAGGACUUUGGUAAUAUUGUGGUAUUUGGGUUUAUUUUCCAAUUGUUUUCUGGAAAGAGGCUUUCUAUCUUGAAUUGAAUUGCUGAAAUUGAAUGCUAGGUUACUGAGCUUUGCAUGGGGGAAAAAAGCUAAGAAAUGACACAACAUUACAGAUUGGAGAGAGUGAUUCAAAUUAGCUCCUUUUAUAUGAGCCUUGUAGAAGUCCUUUUACCGCCUUUCUUACUGAAGAACGAUUGCCUCUUAAAGAGUAUUUCACCAAAGCAGGGAGAUGCAGUGGUUAAACACCUACAGUAUUGAGCAAUGGGAGAAUGAUGCUUGGGUCAUAAGCUGCAAAAGUGUCCUUGAGGUUUUGUUGAAAUAUUGCCUGUGCUGAUGAUACCUCAGAUAUCCAGUGAUCUGCCAAAAACCGAUCAGUCUAGGAGACAGAAUAUAGAAGACACAAGACAGAGUUUGGCUCUGAAUUUCAGUGGUCAAAAUGACAGUUAAAAAUAUCUGCUUUGAUGCUGGUACAGUCAAAACGUGUAAAGGCAAUGAAAAAGCAGAAAAUCCAUGUCAUUGUGUAAUCUGUCCUGUACAGUGCAAAAGGAUAACCUUCAAGUGAGUGUUGCACUCCAACCGUAAAAUCUUUUGGUAUUUUUGAAGGCUUACACAUUUAGGUUAUUUCAGUUUAUUUUGGUAAUAAACUUUUAGUUUAUAUAGAGUUUAUGUUCAAUAAACAUGGUCAAUAAUGUCAGUUGAGCAUGAUUAACAUCAUGGUUUCAUUCAUUUGUUAGACUGUUUGCAAGAUGUCAGAAAAGGUGACAUACGGUCCAAAUAAUUUGUGAGAAUGUGCAUAUUCUUUGCUCUUUUCUGAAUGAAGAAUUUAUCAAAAUAGUGCAAUUUCCAGCAGCAUAUGCAGUUGGCUGUCUGAAAUGCCCGGAGCCCUGUACUUGUCUUAAUUUGUUUGACUAAACUGAAAAAUAAUGCAGUUCAUUUGUAUAACUAGAAGUGCUAGUGUUGUAAGAAUAUUGUGUAAUAUUUUGUAAAUAGAGCUUGUAGUGUUGAAUGCAUUUUACAUGAGCAGAGGGAAGAAAAGCAGAAGAACUAUUGUGGAACUGAAGACAUUUUGUGGAAGUAAAGUUUUUUUUCUGCUUUAGAGUAUUUUAGGAUUGCAAAUAUUUGUUUGUGGUCUUCAGCAACUCCAGUGACCCACAGCGCUAUUUACACUUGACUGUCUGUAGUCCAAUAAUGGACUAUUGAUUUUAAUUACAGCAAUUUAUACUUCAAAAGGAAUGAUUUAUUUAAAUAAGGACCUCAACUUUUAUUUAUAUGUGUAUUUGUGUAUAUAUGCAAUUUUAUAAAGUCUUGGUAAUUUUCAAUUUAGUUUACAUUAUCUUCCUAGCCUCAACUCUUUUACCAACUUGAAACAGUUAGGGGACAGUUAGGAUUUUUGCAUCUUUCUAUUAUAAAACUCAUGUUAUAGUCAUCCUACUCCGUGUUUUGGAUGUUGAUUUUCACUGUUCUGGUGCCUCUAUUAAGAACUGGCAUACACACACCUGGUUGUCAUUGUAAAUAUGUUUGAAUAAAGGACUUACUUAAACUACAGAUUUAUACAUCCUAGAGAUGGAGUACACAGAGACCAUAAGAGGAUGUUUUAUGAAAAAGAUCCCCAUAAAGGGUAGUUGUGGAAUGAAUAUUAUUGUUUUGUGAGUUCUUAAAUUGUUUAAUAAGCUGAGAUUUUGUACACCCCUGUGAACAGCUGGAGAAUCUAGCUUGUAGUGGCCCUCAAUAUUGUGUUUAAUAUUUAACUUCCUUUUACUCCUAAUUAUUUGUCUCCUAAAUGUUACUAACAGUAAUGUCAGUCGUGUGCAACAGUAUGAAAAUUUGUGAACCAAUUCCCCAAUUAGAAAAUGCCCCCAGGCAGUCAAUGACAAGAGUGUGGAACAAAUGUAAAUGGUUUAGAGUCGUAUUAAGGUAUUUUAAGGCAAGGUCCACACCAAAGCACAGUAGCUCAGCAGCUCAUCUUGGUUUGCAUAGUGUUGAGAAGACUGAGGACACAUGACUGCCCCCUAGAGGAGAUGUGAGCCCAUUGCAGGUCCUCACUUAUACAGCAGGGAGGGCUGGAGCAACUGGGGUAAAGUAGCUCACUCAGGUGUACAGAAGUGGGGACAUAACCCACAGUCAGUUGUAAGGCUUACCCAGUGCACCUGCUGUCCCUCUUGCAUUUGAAUCCACAGAUAUAGCAGGAAAGGGCAAGGUCUGCAUUUAAAUUUAAUAUUUAAAGUGGACUGCCUAGAAGGGCAAAGUGUUUAUGACAAAGGCUAAGGGAUUAUCACAAAGAGGCUCUGAACUCAAUACAGUGACAGCAUGUGUAUUGUGGAAGUGUACAAUACAAUGACAGAUGAUGGGUUUCUAGCUGGUCCAAUUUGAAACUUACAACAGGAACCAAAAAAAGCUAAAUGUUUUUUUUUUUAAUUUAUAAUCUUUGUAUAUACAGUCUCUGCCACACGGAUUGUCUUGCCAAACAUGGUGUAUUUGAGCUGAGAAUAAGCUAGUCGUGAUAUUGUGUGAUGAUCUUUGUGACUGAAUUCUAUCAUUUGGCUCGAGAGCCCUCUGAAUAGAUAACAGCCUUGUAUAAACAUUGUAUGUAUAUUUGAAUGUUACAUAUUUAUUGUACAGUAUGUGUAUUUGUGUUUGUUAUAUAUCCAUAUAUAUAACAAAAACGUAAUCAACAUUGUAAUAUACCCUUUUAAAUAAAUAUUUCUUUUGUUA